UUCUACGAGCGACGACGCGCGAGGCGAGCCGCGCCGCGCGGCCGAGGUGGUGGAAGCGAGGCAGGCACGGCGAGGUCUCCGCGCGAGGUGGUACGUUAGCUGCGGCCGAGAGAAGCGGCGUUUAGCCGCGCGCGCGGAGUCUAUCGCGAGCGAGCGAGCGAGCGGGCCGAUUCCGGUCUUCCGGCGCGUCGAGUGGACGCGAGCGCGAGUUCUGAGAGUGGAGCCUUACGAGGGUGUGAAAACGUGUCCGCGCGCGAGAGUUGCGCAACCGGCGCCCUUUUCGCGAGUGUGUUUCUCGGUUUCGCUGCUAUAUCAGUGACGUGAUACCAACGUGACUCUGUUGCCCAUCGUGUGGAGACGUGUACAGUGAGAUUCCACGACGACCUGUUCGUCCCUCGUUCCCGUCGCGAGCGAGAAGGAGAGAGGGAGAGUGAGACGCCAGCGGGCCCCGAGCCGCGUCGUAACCGCCGUUGUCCGGAGUCGUCUGCUCGCGUUCAGGGCGAAUGAACUGCGCACGGCGAUGAUGGUUCUCCGUAGCGCGGCGAUGCGCAAGUAAUGAGGGAGCUGCGUGAUCGACGGAGCACGACCGGCCGGUGAUAGAAGGAGAGAGAGAGAGAGAGCGCGCGAGAAAGAACGAAAGAGAAAUUAUAUAUAUAUACAUCUAGCCUCGACCUCCAAGUGUCGGCUGUUGCGUGGUAGCGUGCGGCAGCGACGACGACGUGAUCACGCUACGCGUAUAGACGGCGCGGGACGCGUCGCGGCAACGAGUGCUUUCCGCGACGAACGGAGUUCUAGUGCUACUUUGUGAGGCUGCAACCCCCCCCUGGAAACGGAGUACCUUGUGACGUAUACCAAAUAGCAAAACCUAAUCGACCGUGCAAUAAUCUCGAUUCGAUUCCGCUCAACAGGAUCGAGAAAGUUUAUUAACCUCGUGACAGGAAGAUCCUGGUAUUAAUUGGAGAACCUUCGUGGAGACGUUCGCGGGCUCAACAAGUGGACGGUCGAGAUUCUGCUGAGACUCGCUUCUACCGGAUUAUCCGGGAUACGAAAUCUUAGACGUCGCCCCGCGAUCGAGAGAUCACGGGUUUCUACGCGGCUCUUCUAGGCUCUCGGAGUCCCGAUCGAUUUCGGGCCGCCGUCGGUUGCGUCGAACGCGCAACAAGUUGAGAGAGAAAGAGAGAGAAAGAGAGCACGUGGCCGAGCGCAGCGCGCUCGAAUCAAUUAAAGUGCCUGUUCUUACGUAAGACGGCGACCCGGUGACGCGCGCUACAGCGAUAACAUUUGGUCGUCGCUGAUAAGGGAUUCGAUAAGGGAUUCCGCGACGAGCGGGACAAUAAGAUCGCGAGGGCGGUCAGUCGACGGAUCGCGGCGCAACGAGAAUAUUAUCGUGACCUGAAACUCCGGAGAUCGAUCGCGCUCUGCCCGCCAAAGUUCUGUGAAUCGCGGCACUCGAGCUCGCAGGCCCGAGUUUCCGAGUUUCUAUCCUUCCAAGUUCUCAGCGUCGCGACGUAGCGCGAUGUAGCGCAAACGUUAUCGAGAGUAUUGUCGAAGAAGAAGAAGAAGAAGAAGAAGUCCCUGUCGAGGAACAGAAGCGGGGGACUCCGGGAAUCCCUCUCCCCCUCCGGAAGAGAGGGCUCAAUUAUCAGUGCGGCAAGCGACUUUGAAUGACCUUCGUAUUCUGCGGCUUCGUCUUCGACUCGUCCGACGAGAAGACGAGACAAAUGCCGGUCGCUUCGGAGGACUGGGUGCCCCACCCGGGCGCCAAGAUAACCAGUUCCAUCACCACCGUCAAGGGUGCCACCAUACAGAGCACGACGACGGCCUGGAUGUCGCCCUACAGCAGGACGGCGCCGCCGGAUCGCGGUGGGCCCAACAAUAAUAACAACAACAACAACAACAACGGCGUGGUUAUUUUGGACGGCUGCAGACCACCGGCGGCCACGACGGCCAGGAGAUUCUUCAGGUGGUUCAGCAGACUGGGACAGCCGCCGAUAGGCAAGACAGGUCAGUAUGCUCUGAUGCCGGAAAAACUCGACCACGAAAUGGGGGUGCUGGAGAUGGCGGCUACCGAGAGCACGAUCCGAUUUAGCGGCCACACGUUGGACAAAGCGACCAAGGCCAAGGUAACGCUGGAGAACUACUACAGCAAUCUGAUAGCGCAGCACAUCGAGCGGAAGCAGAGGCUGGCGAAGCUCGAGGAGUCCCUCAAGGAUGAGGGCCUCUCGGAGCAGCAGAAGCAGGAGAAGAGGCUGCAGCAUGCCCAGAAGGAGACCGAGUUCCUCCGGCUGAAGCGGUCCAGGCUCGGCGUCGAGGAUUUCGAGCCUCUCAAGGUCAUUGGCAGGGGAGCAUUCGGCGAGGUGAGACUCGUGCAGAAAAAGGACACUGGACACGUGUACGCGAUGAAGAUCCUCCGGAAGGCGGAUAUGCUUGAGAAGGAGCAAGUCGCGCACGUCAGAGCGGAGAGGGACGUUCUCGUGGAAGCGGACCAUCAGUGGGUCGUAAAGAUGUACUACAGUUUCCAGGAUCCUAUAAAUCUCUAUCUAAUAAUGGAGUUUCUUCCCGGCGGUGACAUGAUGACGCUGCUCAUGAAGAAGGACACGCUUUCCGAGGAGUGCACGCAAUUUUAUAUUUCCGAAACGGCGUUAGCGAUCGAUUCCAUACACAAAUUAGGUUUUAUUCAUAGAGACAUCAAGCCGGACAACCUGUUGCUGGAUGCACGGGGCCACAUAAAACUUUCUGAUUUUGGGCUGUGCACGGGUUUGAAGAAAUCACACAGGACCGAUUUCUACCGAGACCUGAGUCAAGCGAAACCUUCCGAUUUCAUGACAUCAUGCGGGAGUGGAAGCGGCGGCGCGAUGGACAGCAAAAGGAGAGCCGAGAGCUGGAAAAGGAACAGGAGAGCGCUGGCUUACAGCACGGUAGGCACUCCGGAUUACAUCGCACCGGAAGUGUUUCUGCAAACAGGUUACGGACCGGCUUGCGAUUGUUGGUCCCUGGGAGUUAUCAUGUACGAGAUGCUUAUAGGAUAUCCACCAUUCUGUAGUGAGAAUCCACAGGAGACGUAUAGAAAAGUAAUGAAUUGGCGAGAAACGUUAGUCUUCCCGCCGGAAGUUCCCAUUAGCGAAGAGGCUAAAGAUACCAUUAUCAGAUUUUGCUGCGAAGCCGAUAGAAGAUUAGGGGCGCAAAGAGGCAUCGAGGAGCUCAAGUUAGCGCCCUUCUUCCGCGGUGUCGAUUGGGAGCACAUCAGGGAAAGACCAGCCGCCAUACCGGUCGAGGUGCGUUCCAUCGACGACACGUCGAACUUCGACGAAUUUCCAGACGUGAAAUUAGAGAUACCGUCCGCGCCGAUGCCACAGGACGGCGAGGUAAUAUACAAGGACUGGGUAUUUAUUAAUUACACCUUCAAGCGCUUCGAGGGUCUGACACAACGAGGCACACCGACCAAGAAAUAGCAACCCCUCACUUCCUGCACGAUCAACAGCGCCGUCGUCAAUCAGCAGCCAGCUGACGUGAUCGAAAUUCCGGCCUUGGUACAUCAUCCUCAUCCGCCGUCGUCGACGGCAAUGGUGUCGCGUACGACGGACGGUUGACCUGUCUCUUGAGCGCGGUUCAAGUAUCGGACACAAGUCAUUCUUAUUUGUAUAUACGUGAUGACCACGGAUUGUCAUGAAUACGCGCGGUGUCAAUCACGGAUAUCGACAGUCGCGUGCGGGGCGACGACGAGUCAACCAAGCGGACAGGCGGGCGGAUGUGGGAGAGUAUAGGCGAUAAAGGUGCACAAUACACGAAUACCGCACGCCUCAACGCGUGCGCCGAUAACGCGCGAUAAGGCGAUGCGAGCGAAGUCUUUCGUUGCGUGACUCACGGUGAUCCUCGUAUGUGUCCCCGUCGAGAAGCAUUAAAUUCAUUAAUCUUGUCGUGCCGCGGAGGAGGCGUUUUGUGCGAAGCGUAGCAUAAUAAGCUCUCUGUGGUAAUGGUAUUAAACAGAAACGAUUGGAGAGAGCCUCGGUCCCGUGAUCCUCACGUACUUCUUGUUUACCUACGCGACGCGCGUCUCAACCAAAUUUUAUCGCACGAAAUACAAUUUGUCGAACGCUCGGCUAAGCUCUCGAAUCAAGCUCUCUCUUUUUCUCUGUUCAAACGUUGUAUUUAUAAUUGACACUCUCUGUGAUAUAUGAAGUUGUUGAAAAUAUCUGCUAUCCUCGGACCUUUUUGUCUGUUAGCGGAUGCUACGCUUUUAUUAAUGUUGUGUAUAUAUAUAUGUGAUUAAUCGUAUUUCGAUAUGUCUUGAAAAUUUAAAAGUUGUUGCGAUGGAAUUUUAUAAUAUUAUGUAUUUUUGCGCUACUUUUGAGAGCUUAGGUCCGUUCGCGAAACUACGGGAAUUAUUGACAGAAUUAAUGACGUACGCGCGAAGCUUUUCAUAUGUAAAACAAUAAUAUAUAUAGUAUUUUCCAUGUUUUAUCAUUACACGACUUCAGCAUUGUGUAAUGAUACACCUUCGGUACCGAGUCUCUCUCCCUUUCUUUUUUAUUUCUCUCUCUUUCUCUUGUAAGGCAAUAAUAAACAUUUAGCCGUGUCUGAAUACACGAUAAAGGAUGCUAGGCUUUAAAAGAUACCGUAAAAAGGCGUAAGAAGGGAGAAAGAAAGAUUACACUUGUAAGAUUCAGGGCUCCUUCGUUGCCUUAUUAAGGUUCCUAACAGACAGCCCAACAAAUCCGUACGUUUAAACGAAAGAGAUGAGCCAGACAUGCCACUUCUUCGAUGAAAAACGAUAAGGAAAUGAGGCGGUGUGUUGCGACGAUGUGUAGAAAAUCGUGCACGCACGCCCGUGUAUUUUAACACUCGAUGGAACCGGAUACCUUUUCUUUCGAUUGCACUGUGAACAAUUUUACGAUAUAUAUUUCGUAGUUUUGCUGACAACCAGGGCACCUUGGUAAUAAAAUAGCGUAAUAACGAUAAAGACUAGGUAACACUUAAGAUAACAAACAUACAUACACACAGAAGUACCUAUACAUGAAACAAAGGAAAUGCACGCGUACGCAUUUGAAACGUAAUUGCGUUUUGGAUAAUAUACAUAGUACAUGUAUAAAAAAAAAAGAAAUUUUCUCAACGCUCCUUCCACGUAACGUUCCGGCGUGUCUCCACUUAAUAAUCACGCAAUCACGCUGUACAUUCGACGAAGAGAUUAGUUUCGUACGACUACUCCGCCUGCGUAUGUAUCUUAACGCCGUUUACUGAAUGAAGUCUCCAGGUAGUUUAAAUAAAGCAGAGAGCGCCUAGAUUACGGUGUACUACCAGUUAUAAGCCAGUAAUUUAAACAAAGAGAAAAAAAGAAAAGAAAAUCACUCGCAAAUAAAGCUAGUAGAAAAAAGAAAGGAGAACUAUUUUCUGCACUAUGCUAGGAGUUAAAUUGACGACGAGUGUAACGUAAGCGGGAAAGUUAGGGAGCUACGGAAUACUUUUAGUCUCUCUUUGUCGCCAUUGAGUACAGAUGCUCUGACGUCCAUGCUACUAAGUAAAGAAAGGAAAAUAAAAACGAAGAAGCGAUCGCAAUUUAUUUAUUUAAAGAGAAAGUCUAAAUAAAUGAUACAACAAUAGCCACGAGAUGCCUUUGACGCAACAAGUUUCGGUGCCCUGGAACAGUGCAUAUAUAAAUAAUAUAAGUAUAUAUGUAAAAAAGUAUAUAUAUAUAUAUACAUAGAGAUACCUUUUAGCAAAGAGAGAAGGAAGUGUAAUAUGCGCUAAAUUUAGGUGUUGAAUUAUAGGUGUGCUCCGAAUUCGAAGUCAGGUGGGUGUACAUUUUUCUCUUAUUUUUUUCCGAAAGCGAGAGAGGGAACGAACGUAUUAUAAUAUAGCGGAGAGUGGUGACGAGAUGUAUGUACGCACGUAUCGAGUUAUUACACAUUUGAUGUAAAACGUAAUUCUGAGGGCACGUGAGAGGGAAAUCUCUAAGUAGACUUAACGGUAUUUGAUUGUCGAUGUACACUGUAAAUACUGACGAGGCAACUAAAUAUUAUUAAGAGCAAGGCAGUUUGAGCUCCGGUGUUUAAUUGGUUACCGCUGUACUGCCAUCCUCGACUUUUUAUUAUUGUAUAUCGCGCAUGAUGAAUCGCAUUACGGGUGUGUUAAACGUACGGUAUAUCAUCCAAUCUCACGUUUUUUCUCGUGUUUACGCUAGUGUUCUUAUCAUUGUACGAAUACUGAUUAGUUGUUAAUUUUACGGUUAAUUUAAAUGAAAGAAACCGCGAUAGAUCUCUCCUAGCUAAUUCGUACUAAUUAGUUAUUAAGUUACUUUUUUUCGGCGAGGAACUCUUUUAUUAUUCUCUUCUUUUUCCUUUUGUCGUUUCUCUCGUCGAAUAGAAAUCGCUUUCGAUGAUCACAUGUCCGAAGGUUUUGCUUCCUACAUUCGCGUCUUCAGUCUCUCUCGUCGUAGCUGUCAUCUUUUCGAGUCCGUUUAUGUGAUUCCUUUCUGUCACGAUACGUAGGAUUCUCGGAUUAUGUAAUAUUAUACAUAUACGAUUAAUCACACGCACACGCACGUAUAUCGGCCGCAUGUAUCAAAGCGGAACAAUUAUUUUUUGGCGUUCAAAUAUCAAGAGGAACCGUCUUUUCGGUUGUUUAAUAUCGAUACGUUUUAUGCCUGGAUGAGUAAUGUUUCAAAAUUACAAAUAUUGAUAUCACCGGUGGAAAUUGGCGCAUGAUUAUUUUAGAAAGACUUUUGCUGAAACCUGUCGAGAGAGACACGAAAUUCUUUCACAAAGAUGAAGCUCUUUCCACUGAAGAAUACAUAAUUAGUAUCGAGUAUUAACACGGUCUAUAAAAAUAAUCAUGAAUGAAAUAAGUGAUACAAAACCAUUCUCUUAAUAUUAGACAAAGUUGGCUGAGAUUCAAUUCUUUUAUUGUCUCCUGUUUCCAGACAUAGACAGAAUUCAUAUUUUGCUAAAAAUAAACUUUGAUGGACGCACUAAUCUGGAGCAGGUGAAUUUCAAAACGAACCGGCGAUGUACAUUGUGUUAAUAUUGUGUUAAUACAAUGUUGGCAAUGUAUUACAUAUUUCGCUGUUGCAAUUUAAUCUCAAACGAUAAAAAACUGUUUUAUUAAAAUUACACGUUUUUUGAGCAUCUAAAACUGCAAAGAUUAGUGUCGCCAAUUUGAUGAUAUAAAAGUCGCUCUUCGGAUGACUCGUUUAUCAUGGAAUCUAUUGUAUUCUGCACAUUGCUCAUCCGGGAUCAAGGAGGAUCACGCGCGAUGACGAUCCUUCGAUUGCCCCGUGCGCGAAAUAACGAUUUGCGCAAAGAGAGUGCUCUUGGAUAAAUAUUUCGUUGCGCUUAUCAUUUUACAACGCGCAAGAUCUAGAACUGCGGAUUGAGGCGUGACGAAGCCUAAGAAGAAAGCGUUCCCGUAUUUGAAUUGAGAAUGAUAUAAUAAAUUACAAAAGAGAAUUUUUGAAAGAACUUUUUCUGGACUUUCAACAGAAAGCAAUGAGAAAGUUAAAAAUUUUUAGUUAAUGACUUAGCGUAAAUUACAUAUUUAAAUUAGCGCAAGUUAAAUUUCUACGGUUUAAAUAUGUAACUUCUGCUAAGUUAUUAAUUAUAAAUAUCAAAUAGCUAUUGUGUUUAUUUGGACUACGAUGAUUGUAGAAAAAUAUCUAUAGAAAAUAUUAGAAUUACAUCAGAUUUGUAUCAUAAGCAGACAGCUUGUGUUCAACAUAAAAAACCGACAUCUAAACUCGA